AUGUUUGCAAACAAAGUUCUUGGCAUCGCCGGCGCCGGCACCGGCACCGCCACCGCCGCCAUGUGCACGUUAGAGAAACGUGGUAAUUUUUUUUUGCUAACCUUGACCGGAGACAACGAACACCGGCUAAACCCGACACUUAUUUCCUCUCUCCGGUCGGCUCUAGCCGAAGCAAAGGCCCAGUCCGUUCCCGGGUCGGCUUUAAUCACUACGGCUCAAGGCAAGUUCUUCUCCAAUGGUUUUGACCUCAAGUGGGCCGAAGCUGGUGGCUCGGCUUCGGCUAACCAUGCUCGGCUCCACCACAUGGGAGACCUCUUCAAGCUGGUUUUAGCCGAUCUUCUCUCUCUUCCAAUGCCCACCAUAGCCGCUGUGACCGGCCACGCAGCCGCGGCUGGGCUCAUGCUAGCCAUGAGUCACGACUACGUCCUCAUGAGGCGUGAUAGAGGUGUGUUGUACAUGAGUGAGUUGGAUAUUGGGUUGAUUAUUCCUGAUUACUUCAUGGCUCUGAUUAGGUCCAAAGUGAGCUCGGCUUCGGCUCAGAGAUGCUUGGUCUUGCAAGCCUCGAAGGUCAAGGGCCAAGAGGCCGUAAAGAUGGGGGUUGUGGACUCGGCGCACGAUAGCGGAGAACAAGCGAUGGAGGCUGCAGUGCGCCUGGGAGAACAACUGGGCAAGAGGAAUUGGAAUGGAGAGGUGUAUAAGGAGAUCAGGAAGGCCAUGUGUCCAGAGAUAUGUAGCCUUUUGGGUUUGUCUAAUAAGGGGAUAGUCCUUUCAAGACUUUGA